UUCACAUUUAUUUGGGUCUUAGUCCACUUCUCUCCUUUUAAUGCCCGGUCUUCCAUUCUCUUUUUCAACUUUACUUCUUUCUUCUAAUUUCUGAUAUUAACCCUUUCUUCUUCUUCUUCUCUCCUUCUUUUCUUAUGAACACAUAAAAAUACCAUUUCUAUGGACUCCAUAACUAAUGAUAAUCAUUCAAUUUCCACUCAUGGAAAAGGAGUGCUUAUUGAAAUGGAUUUCUUUUCUCAUCAUACCAAUCAUAAACCUAAUCCGCCACCGGCUGCUGAUACUGUCAAGAAAGAGCAACGGGAUAAUGAAGAAGAAGAUAUACAUACUGGUUUAAAUCUUCUAACGGGAAGGACUUCUGUUAGUGAUAACAAAUCAUUAGUGGAAGAUGGAUUAUCUCAAAACAAGCAAGGUUAUAAUCAAAGAAAGAAAGAGCUGGCAAUUUUGCAGGCCGAAAUAAACCAAAUGAACACAGAAAAUCAGCGGUUAAAAGGCAUGCUUAAUCAGGUUAAUCACAAUUACCGUUCCCUAAAGAUGCAGCUUGUUGCACUCACGCAACGAAACCAAAAUCAAAAGCCUAUUACAGUGCCGAAAGAGGAGGUUGCAAGGCAUUUUCUGGAUCUGGGUAAGGCUGAUGAUCAUACAUCACAGUUAAUCAAGGACGAAAGAUCGCAGAGCAGUGCAAUAUUAUCAUCCCCUAAUAUAAUUGAGUCAAUGGAAUAUGAUAGUACUAAUAAUAAUAAUAAUAGGUCACCAAUGAUGAUUAACAGUAGCUAUAUCAAUGAAAUUGAUAGAGAUAUUUCAGAAGAAGCAUUAGUUCAUGGAUGGAUUCCUAACAAAGUCCCCAAGUUUAAUAAUAAUGCUAAUGCUUCAAGAAAUGGUGAUAAUGAUAAAGAAGAAGAAGAGGAGAAACCAGAAACUAUUUCAACUUGUAUGAUGAGAAAAGCUCGUGUCUCCGUUCGAGCUCGAUCAGAGGCAUCCAUGAUCUCUGAUGGAUGCCAAUGGAGAAAAUAUGGACAAAAAAUGGCUAAAGGUAACCCAUGUCCUCGAGCUUAUUAUCGAUGUACCAUGGCUUCCGGAUGCCCCGUCCGCAAACAAGUACAAAGAAGUGCAGAGAACAAAGCAAUACUUGUUACAACGUAUGAAGGUUAUCACAGCCAUCCGCUUCCUCCAGCAGCAAUAGCAAUGGCAUCUACAACAUCAGCAGCUGCACAAAUGCUACUUUCAGGAUCUAUGCAAAGCCAAGAUGGGCUAACAAACAUUAAUUCAUCUACAAAAACUUUCCCUUCCUACCCCUUUCCAGGCGUCGCAACACUUUCAGCUUCAGCCCCAUUUCCUACUGUAACGUUAGACCUUACUCAUCAACCUCAAGUUUUCAAUCCCUUGCAAAGAUCUCAACCCUAUUUCCUACACAGUUUCGCCUCUGCACCGCUUGUUUCUGCUCAAGCUGUGUGUGAUACUAAUAACCCAUCUAUUAAAUUUUCAGGACUUUUAAGACCUCAAGAGAUGGAGUUGUCACAGCAGCAACAUGUUCCUGAAUUUUUGGAUACUAUUAGUGAUAUUACUGCAGACCCUAACUUCACUGCAGCUUUAGUUGCAGCUAUUAGUUCCAUUGUUAAUGGCGGCAAUGUUCAUCAAACGAAUAACAGUGCUAACAAUGGCUGCACUAUAAAUAACAGUGUUGAUAAGUUCUCGCUAAAUAAAUGACAAUAAUGUAUGAGAACAUAUCUAAAUAUUAUAUUAACUGGACAGUGUAUAGUGCAAUGAGGAAUUUUCUUCUCUUUUCUUUUCUUUUUUUCAAUAUGAAAUUAUGGGUUUUGUUUCA